GCUGUCAGUUAGCGGCUGUUAGGCUUGGGCUGUGCUGGGUUGAUGGAGGUGGCUGUGGGAGGCCCGGACUCCUCCUUCCUCUCAGCAGCGCCUCCGCCUCGCAGAGUCUGCUGCUAGCCCGGCCGGUAUUUCGCUGCGAUCACUCGGCGGGUCAUAGAGAAAGAUAGGGGGGCAAAGCCGCGGGGUAUCUGUCUCGUUUCCCAUCUGGAAAGCAGGUGGCGCCCCACUGGUCCCUGGCACAGGCAGCCUCCUGUGACUCCCCCUGGUGGUGACUCUCACCCGCGCUGCAAACCAGACUCAUGCCUUUGUGCUGUGGAGCGGGACAGAGCGGCAGCCGGGGGAUGGGUACCAUGCUACUGUUCCUCCUCACCGCACACUGAUCCGGGCUGCUCGCCUAUUGUUAGUGCAUGCCUGCAGUGGCAGCCUCUGCUGCGCCUGUCCUGCAUUGCUGCUGCCCCUAGUCUCCUGUGUGUGAGCCCUGCACUUUAUUAUCUGCCCCUCACUGAGCCUCGCUGGUAGUGUUUCAUUGGCUCUGACACUCCCUUAUACAGUCCUGCCGCGGCUGCCGUGCAGUAGGCAUUCCCAUACCUCUCCUAUUGUGCUGCACCUGGCCGGGCUGGCACCUCUCUCCCCGGCGUGCCCUGCUGGUGCUGUGUUACUCUUCCCUCCGGGGCUCCUGACAUGGCUUCUCUCCUGACCUCCAGCCUUGUCUUCCAACAAACUUCAGCGGAGUAAGCGAAUCUCAGGGCAGCAGCCGGCGCCUUGUGCUACCACAUUGAGCAAUAUCUGCCCGCAGUGCCAGCUGGGGUUGAGGAGACUGCAAGAAAAUGUCUACCCCCAACAGGUUCAAGAAGGACAAAGAGAUUAUCGCGGAAUAUGAAAGCCAAGUGAAAGAGAUUAGAGCUCAACUAGUGGAACAACAAAAAUGCUUGGAGCAACAGACUGAGAUGAGAGUUCAGCUCCUUCAAGACCUGCAGGACUUCUUCCGCAAGAAAGCAGAAAUCGAGACUGAGUAUUCCCGGAAUCUGGAAAAAUUAGCAGAGAGGUUUAUGGCCAAGACCAGAAGCACAAAAGAUCACCAGCAGUACAAAAAAGACCAGAAUCUCCUGUCUCCUGUCAAUUGUUGGUAUUUACUGCUGAACCAAGUGAGAAGAGAAAGCAAAGAUCAUGCAACACUCAGUGAUAUCUACCUAAAUAAUGUUAUCAUGAGAUUCAUGCAGAUAAGCGAGGAUUCAACAAGGAUGUUCAAAAAGAGCAAAGAAAUUGCUUUUCAGCUUCACGAGGAUCUAAUGAAAGUCCUUAAUGAGCUGUAUACGGUCAUGAAAACGUACCACAUGUAUCAUGCAGAGAGUAUCAAUGCGGAAUUUAAGCUGAAAGAAGCUGAAAAACAAGAAGAGAAACAGAUUGGAAGGUCCGACCCAGUCUUCCAUUUACGACUGGAGGACAAGCACCAAAGACGGAGCUCAGUGAAAAAGAUAGAGAAAAUGAAGGAGAAGCGUCAAGCCAAAUACUCUGAGAACAAACUGAAGUCUAUAAAAGCAAGGAACGAAUAUUUAUUAACACUGGAGGCAACAAAUGCUUCAGUUUUCAAAUAUUACAUCCAUGACCUUUCAGAUUUAAUUGAUUGUUGUGACCUGGGGUACCAUGCAAGUCUAAACCGUGCCAUGAGAACCUACCUCUCCGCUGAAUACAACCUGGAGACUUCACGCCAUGAAGGUUUAGACAUCAUAGAGAAUGCCGUCGAUAACUUGGAACCCAGGAAUGACAAGCAAAGAUUUAUGGAGAUGUACCCCACCGCUUUCUGUCCACCAAUGAAAUUUGAGUAUCAAGCUCACCUUGGUGAUGAGGUUUGUCAGGUCAGUGCUCAGCAACCAUUACAGGGUGAAUUGAUCCUUCGAUAUCAGCAACUCCAGUCUCGACUAGCAACACUGAAAAUUGAGAAUGAAGAGAUAAAGAAAACCACAGAAGCCACUCUCCAGACCAUUCAAGACAUGGUUACUAUAGAGGACUAUGAUGUGUCGGAAUGCUUUCAGCACAGCCGCUCCACAGAGUCUGUGAAAUCCACAGUGUCUGAGACGUACCUGAGCAAACCCAGUAUUGCAAAAAGAAGAGCAAACCAGCAAGAGACAGAACAGUUCUACUUCAUGAAGUUCAGGGAACAUCUAGAAGGAAGCAAUCUCAUCACAAAACUACAGGCUAAACAUGACCUACUUAUGCGGACUCUUGGGGAAGGCAAAGGUCAUAGAGCAGAAUACAUGACUACAAGGCCUCCAAAUGUACCCCCUAAACCCCAGAAACAAAGGAAGCCCAGACCCCUAUCUCUUUUUAUUGCUAAGUUGUUUAAUGGGGAUCUGGAAUCCUACAUCCAGGAAUCUGGACAAAUAAUUCCUCUUAUUGUGGAAAGCUGUAUCAGAUUCAUUAAUUUGUAUGGGCUUCAACAUCAAGGUAUAUUUCGGGUAUCUGGUUCUCAGGUGGAAGUCAAUGAUAUUAAAAACGCAUUUGAAAGAGGUGAGGACCCUUUGACAGAUGACCAAAAUAAUCACGAUAUUAACUCUGUAGCUGGCGUCCUGAAGUUGUAUUUCCGUGGCUUAGAAAACCCUCUGUUUCCAAAGGAAAGAUUUAAUGAUUUGAUAUCCUGCAUCCGAGUGGAAAAUCUCUAUGAGAGGGCCAUGCACAUCCGGAAAAUCCUCCUGACCUUACCCAGGACUGUGCUUAUAGUCAUGAGAUACCUCUUUGCAUUCCUAAACCACCUCUCUCAGUACAGUGAUGAGAAUAUGAUGGAUCCAUAUAAUUUGGCAAUUUGCUUUGGUCCCACAUUAAUGCCUGUUCCAGACAUACAAGACCAGGUGUCCUGUCAGGCCCAUGUGAAUGAAAUUGUUAAAACCAUCAUCAUUCAUCAUGAGAACAUUUUUCCAGAUGCUAAAGAGCUGGAGGGUCCAGUGUAUGAGAAGUGCAUGGCUGGAGAUGACUACUGUGACAGCCCCUACAGUGAACAUGGCACAUUAGAAGAAGUGGAUCAAGACGGCGGCACUGAGACCCACACUAGUGAAGACGAGUGUGAACCAAUUGAAGCCAUAGCCAAGUUUGACUAUAUUGGAAGAUCUGCUCGAGAGCUAUCUUUUAAAAAGGGGGCUUCCCUUCUCCUGUAUCACCGUGCAUCUGAAGACUGGUGGGAAGGGAGACACAACGGGAUUGAUGGCCUGGUACCCCACCAGUACAUUGUGGUACAGGAUAUGGAUGAUGCAUUUUCCGAUUCCCUCAGCCAGAAGGCCGAUAGUGAAGCCAGCAGUGGCCCAGUCAAUGAAGACAAGUUAUCGUUGAAGGAUAUAAACUCACCCACCGAGCGGAACCCUGAUCUGUAUCUGGGAAGACAUAGACGCAGAGCUGAUCCACCACCUCCUUCUCGUCGUUCAGGCAGGACCAGUGACAUCCACUGCCCGGUCCACCCUCAGAACAAUACUUCAAUGGAAAUUGGAUCUUCUGUUUUAAGUCAUUGCAGCCCACGGGCUCUUUUACAGAAUCGUAACCUUAACACUGACAGUCCUGAACGUAGACGGAAACCAGGCCAUGGAAGUCUGACCAACAUAAGCAGGCAUGAUUCCCUAAAAAAGAUAGAUAGUCCUCCUAUACGAAGGUCUACAUCAUCAGGACAAUACACAAACUUUAAUGACCACAAGCCCCUUGAUCCAGAGAGUAUUGCUCAGCAGGAUAUAGAGGAUACCAUGAACUCUGCCCUGAAUGAGCUUCGUGAGCUUGAACGACAAAGUUCUGCAAAGCAUGCCCCAGAUGUAGUCCUGGAUACACUGGAACAAAUAAAGAACUCUACAACCCCAGCAACAUCGACAGAAUCACGGAGUCCUCUCCAUAACAUUAUAUUUAAGAACACAGAGCCACAAAUCCGGCGCAGUACUAGUACUUCUACUGACACAAUGAGUACGUUUAAGCCCAUGGUGACGCCUAGAAUGGGAGUUCAGUUAAAGCCUCCAGCUUUACGGCCAAAACCUAUUGUCCUUCCUAAAACUAAUCCUGGCAUAGGACCACCGCAAACUUCUCAAGGGGCAGCAGAUAAAUCAUGCACAAUGUAAUGUUAUGCAUCAUACCAUGCUUUGGAUAAUAUGGGGAAGAAACUGCUGCCGUGAUAUGAGUAGUAGGUUAAUAAUUGGAGAUGCCAUGGUUUUACAGGAACUGAUAUUAAACACCUGUUAACUACACUAAGACCUGUAUUAAAACAAACUGGAUAGUAUUAUAUGGUGUUUACAACAGUAGAAACACAUAGCUAUUACUUGAAGAUUUGAUGCUGCACAAGUUGUAUAGUUUGCAACAGAUCACAAAUGGCUUCCCACUUAUAUAGAUUUAUCUAUUUUCCAUAAAUCUUAUCUAAUCUCUACAACUCAUAGUGAGUCAAGGAUCAAUAUGGAAAACAAGGCCUAUUUGGUUUGCAGAGUAGCCUGAUAGCAGUAGUUUAAUAGAAUGCUUAAGUUACAUUCCUUCGAGGCCUUGCUGCUUGCUCUUUACACUCUAAGAAACCUAUGGUAGAUCCCAAACACAUAUGCCUUGAACCGAAGUACCCGACUGUAUAUCUCCCCAAUGCUAUCUAAUAGGUAGAAGGGUCAGUUGUGUAUAGGAUGCACUGCAUAACGGUUCUUAAGAUUCUGUAGGUUGAAAUGUGCGUGAAUUUUAUAUAUAUAUAUAUAUAUAUAUAUAUAUAUAUAUAUAUAUAUAUAUAUAUAUAUAUAUA